AUGCAAAUCGUCCUCCCUCUCCUGGCCUGCGCAGCCGUGGCUGCCGCCGAUACCGUACACUGCGGCGGCGGAGCCGACAGCGGCCAUCGCUGCGAAGACAAAGGCGCAGGCUGGCAUUCGUUUUGCUGCACCGACACCCAGCGGGCUGUUUUCCAGGAAAAGUUCACAGGCGCCGUGGGGCUCAAGAACAACAGGGGCCAGUAUGAGGAGUGCAAGAUCAGCUACUACGUAGGGGACAUCUACUGCGUGCCGUCGCCGUCGGCAAGCAAGGACAGGCGCGCCGAGCCAGCAGACCACACGACGUGGUACCGCGGCUAG